UUCUUUCCUUUCUCUGAGAAGUCUAGUCUUAAUAUUGUUAGUGAAUUUAAUUUAGACAAUCAUACAGAAUUUGGCUCUGAAAAAUCAGAGGGAGAUGAUUUGGAGCAAAUAAAUAUGGAUGAUGAUAAAUCAGAAGCUAAAGUGCCAAUCGCUUAUAAUUUACAUAGAAAAUUUUGGGCACUUCAAGAUUUCUUUAGAAAUCCCAAUCAGUUAUACCUGAAAGUGCAUUGGAAGGUAUUUUCAACAGUAAGUAUAAAUUAUUGUAUUUUUUUGUUAUACUUGCAUUUAUUAUUAUUAUUGUAUAUAUAUUAUCGUAGAUUAAUUUCGUACUUUUUUUGUUUGUUUAGCAUGCUUCAAAUGUGUUGUCAGCAUUUUCAUCUUUUAA